AUGGAACGCGCAUCUGAGGAUCUCAGUAACGCACCAGAAGCCACUCCUCUCGCUGGCGGCGUAUGCUUACGCGAAUGUGAAGCCACUUCUCUCGCUGGCGGCGACCCCUACAGUGCACGUGAGGCCGCUCCUCUCGCUGGCGGCGACCCCUGCAGUGCACGUGAGGCCGCUCCUCUCGCUGGCGGCGUAGGCUGCAGUGCACGUGAGGCCGCUCCUCUCGCUGGCGGCGUAGGCUGCAGUGCACGUGAGGCCGCUCCUCUCGCUGGCGACAUAGGCUGCAGUGCACGUGAGGCCACUCCUCUCGCUGGCGGCGUAGGCUGCAGUGCUCCAGAAGCCGCUAACCGAGCUCUCCCUGCACCCUCAUCUGCUGCCGUGGUGUUCGCUCCGGGUCCGAUGAUGACAGCAGUCAUGGAGGCCGCUGAGGAGGGAGGCGCGAUUCCGUUUGGCGAUUUCGGCAUAGAGGCAGGUAGUGAUGACGACGAGAUCAACGACGACGAGGCGGAUGAUGCUGUCGGUGCUCAAGCGGGAACUGAUGCAGAGUUGCGCAAAGCGCAGGUUCGCGCAGCGAAGUUGUGCGCAUCGGAGAUGCGCGCAGCGGAGCUUCGCGCUGUGGAGCUUCACGCAUCGGAGGUGUGCGCAGCAGAGGCGCGGGCAGCGGAGUUGCGCUCAGACGCGUUGCGCGCAGCGGAGCUUCGCCAACCGGAUAAGGCGACACCCACCGGUCCUGAGAAUGAGAUGGCAGCACCCGCAAGGCAUGAACGGUCGCAAGGUAACGAUGCACUUUAA